UUCCCGCCUCACGGCGGGCUGCGGUUGGCUGGGCCGCGCGGCGGGGGUGCCCCCGCGCGAGGAGCCCCGCGACCGCCGGCGGCGGGUGGCGGCGUUCGCCAGCGCCAUGCACCGCCUGGGCCGGGCGUUCCUGGGCGGGCUGGCCCGCGCCCGGGCCUGGCGGCCGGUGCCGCGGCGGGGGGCUGCGGCGAGUGGCGAGGAGGAGCAGUUCGUCUUCCCCGAGUACGAGCCGGAGCCGGUGCCGGAGCGGAGGGAGGCGGCGCCCCACCGGAAGGCGGAGCCGGUCGCGGAGCGGCGGCGGGGGCCGGGGGCGGCGGGGCGGCCCGACCCGUCGGUGCCGCCGAGCGGCGUGAGCUGCUCGGGCUGCGGGGCCGAGCUGCAGUGCCGCGACGGCGCGGCGCCGGGCUUCCUGCCGGCGGAGAAGUACCGGAGCCUGGCGGGCGGCGCGGCGGGACUGCGCGCCGCCGUGUGCCAGCGGUGCUGGCUGCUGGCGCACCACGGCCGGGCGCUGCGGCUGGAGCUGCCCCCCGAGCAGCACCGCCUUGUGGUGCGUGCCGCGCUGCGCCGCCCGCCGCGCCACGGCCGCGGCCCGCUCCUCCUCUACCUCCUCGACGUGCUGGAGCUGCCCGACCCGGUGUUGCCGCAGCUGCCGGCGCUGCUGAGCCCCACCGCCCCCGCCGCCGGCGUCCUGGUGGUGGGCAACAAGGUGGACCUGCUGCCCCGCGACGGCCCCGGGCACCUGGGGCGGCUGCGGUGGCGGGUGGCGGCGGCCUGCGCCCAGGCGGGCCUGCGCGGGGCCCCGCUGGUGGGCAUCUGCCUGGUGAGCGCCAAGACGGGCUUCGGCCUCGAAGGGCUGGUCAGCCAGCUGCAGCAUUCCUGGCGGGGCGCGGGCGACGUCUACCUGCUGGGCGCCACCAACUCGGGCAAGUCAACGCUCUUCAACGCCCUGCUGCGCUCCGACUACUGCAAGUCCCGCGCCCCCGACGUCGUCGACUGUGCCACCGUCUCGCCCUGGCCAGGAACAACACUCAAUCUGCUAAAAUUUCCAAUCAUUAACCCUACGUGUGACAGGAUAUUCCGAAGGCAGGAAAGGCUGAAAGCAGAGGCGGAAAAAACAGAAGACCAGCUGAGUAAUGAAGAAAUAAAGUGCCUUAAUCACCUUAAAAAGCAAGGUUACUUAGUGGGAAGAGUUGGAAGAACAUUUCAACGGCCGAAGCGUAGCCCUGUGGUUGACUUUGACCCUGACGCGCUCUCGUAUAGCGUAGACGAAGAUCCUGGCUAUCCCCCUCAGAAGCGCGAAGAAAAGGAAGAGUUCACGUACAAUGAAGUGAAGGAUGCUCGCUGGUGUUUUGACACACCAGGGAUUGCAAAGGAAGACUGCGUUUUAAAUCUUCUGACAGAGAAGGAAGUAAAGCUGGUUUUGCCAACGCAUGCCAUCGUUCCACGGACUUUCAUCCUCAAGCCAGAGAUGGUCUUGUUUUUAGCAGCCUUGGGACGUAUAGACUACUUACAGGGAAAAAAACCCGCCUGGUUUUCUGUCGUGGCUUCUAAUCUGUUGCCAGUCCACGUUACUACCAUGAGUAAAGCAGAUGCCAUCUAUGAGAAGUAUGCUGGCAAGGAGUUACUGAAGGUUCCUAUGGGCGGUGAAGAGCGAAUGAAGGAGUUCCCCCCGCUUAUCCCUCAGGACAUUACACUGGAAGGAAUUGGUACCACUGAGGCAGUCGCGGACAUCAAGCUUUCCUCCGCAGGCUGGGUGGCAGUGACAGCUCACCCGCAAGAGAAACUGCUGCUGCGAGCCUACACUCCCAAGGGUACUGCGCUGGUAGUGCGGGAGCCUCCCCUUUUGCCAUACAUCUGUAACAUCAGAGGUGCUCGGAUCGCAGGCACUGCUGCCUAUAGGACCAAAAAGCCUCCUUCCCUGGUGGAAAACUUGAAAACCACAGGGAGCAGAUAGCAACCAAAGUCUGCGCCCUUUGCUGUCUGAGAAAAGCAGAAGAUGGAGGGAAAAAAAAAGCCUCUGGAGAGCCUCGUUGCUUAUUGAUGCUCAGGAGAGCUUGGACUCCCUUUAAAACACAAGCAUGUUCUGGAGAGCAAACCUGGGGGAAGUAAAGCAUCUCAUUCAGGACUGCACAAGCCCUGGUCUGCUGAGCUGCAGCCAUCUCAAAUGAGGCGAGUGGUUGGUACCUUGUGGGAGGUGAAAUAUAACUUUUCCCUGGGACCAGCCAGUGUCUAAGAGUUCCCCUUCCCCCCUCCCUCUUGAAAUAUAGGAUGGAAACUCAUUUGCCUGCCCUGGGCUGGCUCUGUGCUGCUUGUGGAGUAGGACUUCGCAGACCUGCUCCCUCUGGUUAGAAACUGUCUCGCCUGGCCCUUAGAGGCCUUAUGGUGUUGCUAAAGUUGGUGGAGGUCGAGGGUGUCAGCCUACUGGUUGACAGUAAAUCAACAGCUUACAUCUGCAACUUUAUACUGACCAGAAAUGAGGUCCUUUCAGUCCUUCAACAUCUGGGGCAGACUAAGGAGUACAGCGCCCUGCUUUUGGAGAUGGGAAGGGUGAAUUAACAAAAAGCAGGGCUGCUCACGUGUGUGAAGAGGAAGCUUCUGCAACUCGCUGCUUUGGUUUGAUCUCUGUAGCUUGUGUAAAGAUUUCUGAAACUGCAGGUGUAUAUUAAAACCUUUCAAAGAUGUUUA